AUAGAAUUUUUCUCUUCCUUUUUUUUUUUUAAAAAAAAAAGAAAUUAGAAAAACACACACUUAAGCCUUAAAAGUUUAAACCCUUCACGUUCCUCUUCCUAUAACAUAGUCUUCCUCUUCUUCUCCCCUCUCCCCUCUUUUCUCUCUCUCUCUCCAAAAACGCCAUCAAACACAAGCAUGGAUUCCUUGACAUUAAUUUGUACAGUGGGCCUCCUCUUCGUAGGCCUCUACUGGUUCGUCUGUAUCCACGGCCCAGCCGAACAAAAGGGUAAACGGGCCGUGGAUCUUUCCGGUGGAUCAAUCUCCGCCGAAAAGAUCCAAGACAAAUACCACCAAUACUGGUCCUUUUUCCGCCGACCCAAAGAGAUCGAAACAGCCGAAAAAGUCCCUGAUUUCGUCGACACUUUUUACAACCUCGUUACCGAUAUUUACGAGUGGGGUUGGGGUCAAAGCUUCCAUUUUUCCCCUUCUAUCCCCGGUAAAUCUCACCGUGAUGCAACACGUCUACACGAAGAAAUGGCUGUAGAUCUGAUUAAAGUUGGUCCUGGAAAGAAAAUCCUCGACGUUGGUUGCGGCGUUGGCGGUCCUAUGCGCGCAAUCGCCGCACAUUCACGCGCUAAUGUGACUGGAAUCACAAUCAACGAAUACCAAGUAAAGCGCGCAAAGAUGCACAACAAGAAAGCCGGGUUAGAUUCACUUUGCGAGGUUGUAUGUGGUAAUUUCCUUGAGAUGCCGUUUGAAGACAACACCUUUGACGGAGCUUAUUCCAUUGAAGCUACCUGCCAUGCACCCAAGUUAGAAGACGUAUACGCCGAGAUCAUCCGUGUUUUAAAGCCUGGAUCUCUCUACGUUUCCUACGAGUGGGUUACCACUGAUAAAUACGUUAACGAGAGUAGUGAACAUCGUGAAGUUAUCCAAGGGAUCGAGAGAGGAGAUGCGUUGCCUGGUCUAAGAGCGUAUAAUGAAAUCGCUGAAGCUGCGAAGAAAGUAGGGUUUGAAGUGGUGAAAGAGUUAGAUUUAGCAGCACCACCAGCACAGCCAUGGUGGGAUCGAUUAAAGAUGGGGAGAAUUGCUUACUGGAGGAAUCACAUUGUUGUUACUGUGUUGGCUGCUAUUGGUGUAGCUCCUAAAGGAACGGUGGAUGUUCAUGAUAUGCUUUUCAAAACUGCUGAUUAUCUUACACGUGGUGGUGAAACUGGUAUUUUUACCCCGAUGCAUAUGAUACUUUGCAGAAAGCCUAAUUCUGUGCCUAGAUCUGAUUCUUGAUUUGGAUUUCAUCAUCAAUGCUGCUCCUGCUAUCAUGAUCAAGAUGAUCAACAUGUUUUCAAUUUUAUUGAUGAUGAAGGUAAUUAUUUAAGAAGAAAAAUAGUUUCGAUUUUCUGUUCCUCUCAUUAUCAUCAUAUCAGUACUCUUGUUUUUUUUAUUUUUAAUUUUUUUUGCCCCCGUUAAAUUACUUUUUACUUUAUUAUUGUUUAUGGUUAUUUUGGGUUAAUUUAAUUUAAUUAAAUUAAAUUACAUA